AUGGGGGAGAAUUUCAUCUGGAGAACACUGGCAAGGGUACACUAUGAUGAAGGCCGUUUGGAAGAGGCCGAGCAGCUCGAGAUACAGGUGAUGGAGACUCGCAAGACGAAGCUCGGCGAGGACUAUCCCGACACGCUUGCCAGUAUGGCUAAUCUAGAUGCCAGUAUCCUCUGCAAGAGUAUUACAAGUAAUUUACAGAAUCUUCUAUAUCCUGUGGGCCAAGUGGAAGUUCAUUCAGAAAACAUUUUGCGCAGACUAAACGUCCUCUUUAAUCUUGAGAUAAAGGGCGAACCAACACGCUGGCUUGUAAUUUUACCAGAUCAAAAUACGCUUCACCGUAUGAGUCCGAACACAUACGUGGGUUGCCGCUCUGGUUUGAUGUAUGCGAUUGACAACAACCACAGACUGGAGGCCGCCCGUAUCCAAGAGCUUCUCUAA